CACAAAAGGGUCGGAGCUGCCGGAGCUUUACCUCAGCGAUCACAAGGAGGCAUCGCGUUGGGAAAAAAGAGAGAAGACGACAGGGCAAAUUCCAGCCCUUCAAACGGCUCUUCGGGAGAAAGAAGAAGAGGGAGGCCAAAGGGGGCUUUGAUGGAGCAGAGCUAAAGGCCAGUUUUUCUACCGGGGAAGUGCGCAAUGGAAUUGUAUCUGACGAUGAGGAGUCCAGUCAAAAUCUGAGGGAUUUGAAUCCCAUCGGAUCACGAGCCCUGUCACACGACAGCAUCUUCAUUCCAGAGGAGCCGGCGCCCGAGGCCGGUCUAGAUCACAGCAUGUCCCAGGAAAACGUCUCGGACAAAGUCAGGAAUCUGCAGAAGCAGAUAGCACAAGGUAUAAAGUUUGGCCAGAGACCUCCUUCUUUAAGGAAAAGCGAGGGAGAUGAGGGAAGUUCGGAUGAGGAAGAGGUCCCUCGGAGUCCUCUGAAGGUUCUGGCCCAGGUAGAAGCCGAGCCAGCAAUCACAGAGCCAAAGCAGGUCCAGGGGGGUCAUCAAGCCGGACCUCACAGCACCCCAGUGAAGUCACCGAGGUCCAAACGAGUUCUUCUGCCCACUGGUACCAUCGAGUCCAUCAAUCUGGACUCUGUUCCACAGUCUGUUCCUCGCCUGGACAACACCGCUGCCAGACAUAAGCUGUCAGUCAAACCCAAAAACCAGAGGAUUUCCCGCAAACACCGACGGUUUACACAGGACCUCCAGGAAGUUGAUAUUCCUGGUGUGUUGCAAGAGGACUUCGAAGCAGCCGGUUUCUCCACAGACGCCCAACGCAGAGCAUCUGUUGAGUCCCUAGGAAGCUUCAAGAAACAGAGACUACAUGAGGAGGAGAGACAGGAGACGAGGAGGAGGAGGGACCUGGAGGAGCAGAGACUCAGACAGGAGGAGGAGGAGAGGAGGAAGAGAGCAGCAGAGGAGCUCAGGCUGCGUCAACUAGAGGAGGAGAGGUGUCGUAAACAGCAGGAGGAGGACGAGAGAAAGCUUAAAGAAGAGACAGAGAGGAGGAGGAUUGAAAAGGAGAGAAGAAUUAGAGAGGAAGAUGAAAAAAGGCGACGAGAGGAGGAAGAGCGGAUGCGAAGGGAGGAGGAGGAAAGGAGGAAAGAGGAAGAGGAAGAAGCGAGGAGGCAGCAGGAGCUCGAGGCUGAGAAGAAGAGGAAGCUAAGAGAGGAGGAAGAGCAGAGGAAGAAAAAGGAGGAAGCGAAGAAGCUGAGGUUGCAGGAGAUUGAAGAAAAGAAAAGGUUGGAAACAGAGAGGACUAGGAAGGAGGAGGUGGAGCAGAGGAAGGCUGAGGAGGUGCGCUGGAGGGAGAUGGAGGAGAGACAGAGGCCUUUCUCCUUCAAAGUUUCCUCUGGAGAAAAACAGAUUUUGUUCCAGAAGGUCAACCUGACGCCUGUAACGCCUGCGCCCAGCUACCAGAGCGCUGCUGCAGCCGAGCGAAGAGAGAGCGCGUCCUCCUCUGAAGGACCAGAGUCCCCCAACCUGCCAACGUCUCCAUUCGUCCCCCACACCGCCAUCCUGGUGACGGGCGCCCAGCUCUGUGGGACGGCCGUCAAUAUGGACCAGAUCAAAGACAGCGCCUGCAAGUCUCUGCUGGGUUUGGGAGAGGACAGGAAGGCCCAGGGAACACCGCCGACCAAGAGCAAGACCUCACCGGACCGCAAGUCUGGCAAAACCAAGUCCCUCAACGAGUCCUCGCUCUCUACAGACCAGUCUAUCCUGGCAGAAUGGGCGAGCAUCAGAUCAAAGAUAUUCAAGGGGGUGGAGGAGGGGAAAUACGACGAACAGCAAGAACAGAGCAAGAACCAGCCUCAGCCCGGCAGCGAAGACACGCCUGCGUUCUCCCACACCAACCUCAGGAAGACCAUGUCCGCCAGCGCCAAGUUCUCCAUCACUCCUGCGAAGAAGAAGUUUGGAGAUUCAAACAGGAACUCUGAGGUGUUUGGUGCCGAGGAAAAGGAAGCAGGAGAGGAGGGUUCUUCGCCUGAAAGCCCCAUCGCAGCCUCCCCGGCUCCAAGCAGCAAACCUCAGAACAGGACGAGUAAAACCGUCCGAAUCGUAGAAAGAGGGUCAGAGGAGUGUAUGUUUGCCAAAGACCUCCCCUCUUUCCUGGUUCCUAGCCCUGGAGCUAAACCUGAGGCGGCAGAGUUAAAGAGCAGGGGUCGCAGUGAGACGGGGGCGUCUGAAAGUGGAGAGGAGGGAGAGGAGGGAGGCCAGGAAGGCGACGACAAUCCUUCGCCUUUCGGCAUAAAGCUGAGGAGGACCAACUUCUCCCUCCGCUUUCACAGCGAACAGUCCAGUGAGAAAAGGAAGAAGCGCUACAGUGCUGGGGACAGCUUUGACGGCGUCCCCUCCCCGCUCACCCCCAUGGAGACAGACUCUGAUACCUCCUCUGUCUUUUCUGACAAAUCCAUUAGCCCAUCAUCUCCGCAGAAAGAAGGUGCGGCGGGCAAGUACUUACACGCAUCUGCCUCCCCCGCUGCGCCUCGGGCGAAACCUGGAAAGUCUUCCAGCUCCAGCACACACAGCGAAGGUGAGAAAGUGCUUUCCAAGCCACCCAUCUACAGAAGACCAACCACGUCACCCAAACCAAGUGGAGCCGUCCCCACCCCUCCCCCGUCGCCGCUGCCUAAGGAGGUCCAUGUUGUUGACGCUGUGAUUCAGAGGACAGGGGCCGCAGAGUCGUCCAGCCAGGAGCAGACCCUCAGGAGCGAGGAACAUUCAGCGGUGGCUCAGCUUCACCGCAGCAGCCAGAGCCAGGUCCGAGAGGAGGAGGAGCCGAAGGAGAAGAGAUCCUUCUUCCCCUCCAUCAACAUCCCCUGGAGAGAGAAGACAGACAGGAAGGCAGAGCUCAUCAAGAAAGAAAAACCAUCCCUACAGAGCAGGCACUCACUGGACAGUUCGAAGGUCCAGGAGAAGGAGGGGCCCCUGUGGAUCACACUGGCUCUGCAGAAGCAGAAGGGCUUCAGAGACCAGCAGCAGAACAGAGACGACCGCCGCAGCCACAGAGAGGCCAAACUGGCUGAGAAACAGGGCAGAGACAGUGUUACGCUGGUGAGCCCCACAGAGAGCAGAGGAAGCGGCAGCACCAGUCCGUCCUCUAAACCUCAGACCCCAGAGGAGCCCAAGAGACCGGACAGCCUGCUGGGACGCUUUGAGAGGCGAGAACACCUGAAGAAAGCCAACACCUUACCCAGCUCUGUCACGGUUGAGAUUGCAGACUCUACACCGUCGCCCCCUGCUGUCAAGGAGGUGUCAAAGCGCUUCCCCUCCAGUGACUCUCCGCAGGUCUCCACGGAGCCGGCCUGGCUGGCCCUGGCCAAGAGGAAGGCCAAAGCCUGGAGCGACUGUCCUCAGAUCAUAAAAUAACUUCCCACUGGACUCUGGCCUGCACUGAGACUGCACACUGCCCCGGACUCUAAAGCACCUGAAGUGUCACCAUCACCUGACCCCCCACCCCCCAUGAAAACCCUCCUGACUGUGAAACAAGUAAAGCCCUCCAUCACCUCGUAACCCCACACACACUGGCUGGUACUAUUAUCAUGUUAAAGUGCGCUUCACAUUUAAAUACUUCAAUACAAUCGCACAGAUAUAUGUAAACAAUUGUUGCGCGCAUGCACAUUCUGUAUACAAACACUAAAUAUGUCGCAGUCCGGGGGGCAGGAGCCAAUCAAAUCAUGGCUGGCCAUCGCAAUAGCCAACCCCAAUUUAGUUUUUUUAUUUUGUAGCCAACUGUGUCACAAUGGUUGUAAAUAAAUAAUUUGCUCACACGUGAAAAGGUAAACACUUCUUUAGUGGAGAGGUGAAGCUCUGACAUAUGACAGUGUUUAAUCAACAGAGGGUAACUGUCUGAUUUGUUUUUUAAGGGCUACCAGUAACAAUAAAACGACACGACACUGUUGGAUCUGCUUUUUGACGUCUGAUGGAAGUGUUACAGUUGUUGGUAUUAUUUAUGUGAAGCAGCGGAUUUAUCUAUGUUGAAACGAUACUGCAUCUUCUCUCUGAGCCUUGUUGGUCAUGUACAAAAUAAGCCUUUCUUUCUCUCUUUUUCUACUCAUACUGGAAACCUUAGCAUAACAAUUCUCACUGUGUCCGUGAUGACUGUGAUAGCUGUCAAAGAGGCUAUUGUGCCAUUAUAAAGUAACCUUACAUCUGUCAUUAUCACACGGUGGGUGCACCUAAACACAGCACUGAAGACCAAAAGUGUUACUGGGCAUUUACAGUGAACUGCACAUGAUCCUCCCCACAGCUGUGUGAUGACGUGGUUUGGAUUUAUUUUGCUUUGCUAAUGGAAACAGACACAACACCUGCUUGCUGUAACAUACAAUUCUUGUAGCUGUCCUCCCGCAACACACUAGUGUUUGUAGGCUUACGCCAUCACUUCCUCGUAAAUGUGAUAUGAUCUUACACGAUAUUGUAAGCAUUUCCUCCUAUGAAAAAAAAAGAAUCCUCCAGCUUUCUCAUUUCCUGCCACUCACUAAAUGAUCUGUAUGUAUGUAAGUAUGAACUGUACGGAAGUCAAUGGCGUCUCCAGAGCUUCGGUCAGAAAGAGUCACUUUGUCAUUUUGUUACUAACGGUCGUGGUCGUGCACAAUAGUGUAUUGUACGCAGUGUUAAAUGUAACGAGAAAAAUGUUUGGUAUUAUUUGCACUUUUUUUCCCACUUAGAGAUAUUCAUGAUGAAAUUCCUAAAGAAACACAAAAUGUUAUGAAUAAUGUAAAUUAAAUACU